AUGAAUAGUGCGGCUCUUAGUUUAGCCGCGUCCAUGUUCGAAGGAAACAAUUCUGAUAUGGAUAAUUUACCUGAUACAGAAACUAUUCUUCAUAUCCUUGGAAUUGAGUACAAAACUCCUAAUGAUUCAUACGCAAUACUUGAUGAUAUCGCUAGUAAAUUUUGGUUUACAUAUCGAACUGGAUUUGCACCGAUUGGUGGUCCAUCAGGUCCAACUAAAGAUACGGGAUGGGGUUGUAUGAUGCGCUGUGGUCAAAUGAUGUUAGCUGAAGGUUAUGUAAGAUUUUUUCUACCAGCAGGAAGAUAUUUUCGAUGGCGUCCACCUGUGGUUGAUGCAAGCUAUUGGGAUAUACUGAAUAUGUUUAUUGAUAAACGUCAUUCAUCAUAUUCCAUUCAGCAAAUAGUACAAAUGGGCAAUUCUGAAGGUAAAGAAAUCGGACAAUGGUUCGGUCCCAACACCAUUGCUCAAGUGCUUAGGCGUAUUGCUUCUAAUGAAUUCGAAAGACCAAUUAAUGUACAUGUUGCAAUGGAUAAUACACUUGUACUUGAUGAAAUACGUAAACUAUUCCAAACUCAUUCAAAAGCUCGUAAAACAACAAAAAAUUCGAAUGAUAAACCAGCAGGCUGGAAACCAUUAAUCAUAAUUAUUCCAUUACGAUUAGGUUUGACGAGUGUUAAUACGGAGUAUAUUGAUCAACUGAAGCUUUGCUUUCGAUUGCCCCAAACACUUGGUUGUAUAGGUGGUAAACCAAGCCAUGCGCAUUAUUUCAUCGGCUAUUCAGAAACUGAUGAACUUCUUUAUCUUGAUCCACAUGUAACACAGCCACAUGUUGAUACAACUUCAACUGCUGAUGAUAUGUCUUACCAUUGUGGUCGAAUUAAUAGAAUGAAAUUUUCCGGUCUUGACCCAUCCCUUGCUUUGGGGUUUGCGUGUAAAACCGAAGCUGAAUUUGAGGAUUUAAUAACAAAAUUAAAAAAAAAUCUUCCGUCAAAGCCCAUGUUUGAAAUCUGUCAAUCCAAUCCUUUUGAUAUGCGUGGUCAAGAAGUAGCGCACCAUGGCGUUCUAACAUUGGAUUCUGACGAUGAUUUUGAAGUUGUAUAA